AUGACACCAACCCUUGCACGACUUAGUGAAGUUCAAUUUAGUGCUCAACUUGAUCAUUUCAAAAAUUUCAACAUCGAUUGGAAUACGUCUAUUUGUGAUGAUUUACAAUUAUUAGUUACUGUACGAAAAUGUCGAAAACAUAGUGAUGACACACUUAUAGAUGACGAUUUAAAUGAACGAAUUCAAGGAUCAAAUGGAAUUAAACAUGAUCCGAUUAAUUUCGAUAAUUAUUUUGAAAUAUCAACUUUAUAA